AUGGACGACCAAAUCAUCCUAGCUGCUUGCAGUGAGUUGGAGAAGCUAUUCGAAGAGAAUGUGACGCUGAGACGAGAUUUGAUGUCACAGCCCAGCGUUGUGCCGAACAUCAUGGAAGCUCUGGAAAUGAAGAAGAUAGACGUAUUGCACGCGGUGCUCAGGGUCAUCAAUAUUAUUGUCGAGGGUAACAAAAGGUUUCAGGAGAAUUUAGCUCUGGUUGGGCUGAUGCCAGUGAUUAUCAAGCUCACGAAGCACCGCGAUCCAUACUGUUUACCCGGUGAAAGCGGUAAAGACUUUUGCACUGAAAGACUCGAGGAGAACGGGUUUGUCAAAGCAGUCCGACUGGAAGCAGCUAAACUCGUCCAACAAUGUUGCAAAACAAGUUCGUUGACGUUGCAGAUGUUUAUCGCAUGUGGCGGGUUGCCGGUGUUAGUAGACUUCUUAACGCUAGAAGAGAAAUCAUUCAAUCUCGACCAUGACGUGUCUCUCCUCCGAAUCGCUCUGGAUGGGAUAUCCAGUAUUUUCUGUAUCCAGACUAUACCAAAAAACGACAUUUGUCGGCUUUUUGUAAAGGCUGGGCUACUAAAGAAGUUUGUGGUGGUCUUUUCCGAUAUUGCCAUGAUGGUGUCAGCAAAAGACACGCGAAGACCAGAAUGUGAUGGCGGCAAGAUGGAAACGAUCCGAACCGCAAUAGCGCACGAUGGUGGAUCAAUAGCAGAGUGGACCAUGAUGGAUUUCCAUAAGAUGUGUGAUAUUUUCGUGCUAUUCUCUCAGGGUGACGCCGUGGUGAAAGAACACAUGUGUGAUGGUACUGUCUUAAAAGGACUACUGGAAGUGAUCCGCCCAGGGGCGCAGCGUUUUGGUCUAGACAAGCAAGUGAAGGACGACAGACAAGUACUGCCUCUGAUAAAUCACUCGGACGAAUUCGUUUCGGCUAUUAUGACACUGCUGAAGUGCAUACGAAAUCUAAGCAUGGAGCCCACAACACUGGCAAAACUGGAUCGCGCCGGUGCGAUCUCGACACUUGUCCGUCUACUGAACGAACAAGAGGCAGAAGGUCCGUCAGUCUCAGAAGCCAAGAAAAAAGAGGUCGAAAACGUUGUUCUCCAGUCUAUGUUUUAUCUCUGUCGGAUCAAUCGCAAUCGUCAAACUCGGGCAGCACAAGCUGGUGUGAUUCCGUCGCUCAUCAAGGUAGUUCGGAAUGCCAGUCCGCUCAAGCAAUUUGCACUCCCAAUCCUGUGCGAUCUGGCCCAUUCGUCGCCAGCUGCACGAGCACAUCUGUGGAAGUAUGACAGUGUGGCACUUUUCUUGACGUUGCUGGAGGAUAAGUACUGGCAGGUUGAUGCCAUCAAGGCCAUUAGUGUUUGGCUCGUGCAUGAUACUAUGAAAAUGGAAAAAGCGCUCUUAGUCUCCGAAAACUUGCUGAAAAUUAUGAUGUGUUUUCACAACGCUGCGAACACGGAAUUUGAGAAUUUGCUGGAGCCGUUACUGGAAAUAAUAAGUCGCUCGGUAAAGCUUAACACGGCACUUGGAUGUAAUGGCGUGUUCGUCAAAGAGAUUUUAAAACGCCUUCAACUCAUUCCAAAGGCACUUGUGCGCAAGAACUUGCUUAAAAUGCUGAAACUACUCUUCGAGUCACACACAUCCCCGACUCAAUUUCUUGUCGAGUACCGACUUCGUCCGAUCGUGCGUGCGCUGGCUCAAGACGAGAACAGUAUGAUUCUUGUGAAGGAAAUUGCAUCACAACUUCUUCAGUCCAUUCGCGUGGCUGCGGACAUGUUGUAA